AUGUCCUUCGUGGCGAUCGACAGAAAUUCCCUUUUUACGCGUGAUGAACGGCAGUUCUGGGGCAACCCAUCGAUCCUUCAAAAAUAUUUCAAAAUAACACGUGCACGCUCAGCAAUUAAAGGGCAUGGAGACACUGGUGUGCUGAACCUGCUGGACGGCACCAAGUCGGAGCUCGAAAAAGGACAGGAGCUGUUCUUUUUCGAUGAUGAAGCUAAUCUAGUGGCACAGCUGCUAGUUCAGGCCUACGAAUGGAGGCAGCGCGAGGAAGAUGGUGCCAGGGAGCUACGUAUAAUAGUUUCCGUGAAGGAGAAACCCAUCAAGGGCAGGACAGUCAGCUGGCUGAUUCCUGGAUCGAUUGUUCGGGGGGAGAGAUACCAUUCUUUUGAUUUUUGUGACGUCCUUUCUCAGGGCUUCACCGUGUACAGCCAGCAGCCAGGCAGUGCACCACCAGCAGGCACUGCUCAGGAGCAGAUGAUGGCAAUGGGCAACGCUGGUGGAUUUGCUCUGGAAGGUAUUGCAGAGGAGGAGGAUGAGAAUGACGAGGAGUAUGUGCCGGCUACUGUGGAGCCAGCAGGUGUCAACCCUGCAGCUACCAGCAGCGAGCAGCAGCCUACAGCCACCACGGAGGAGCGUGUGCUACGUCGCAGGAAGGCCAACCGCAGAGGGGCCAUCGUUUCCCCUACACAAGGGGCAGUGGUUUGCCGUACACCAGGGGCGGUGGCCUCCCCGGCACACAUGGCCACGGUCUCCCUUACACAAGGGAUGGAGGAUGUACUUAAAACUGUGCUGCAGCAGGGCUUUCAGGAGGUCAGAAAGGAGCUAGCCGAACUCAAGGCCCUGGUGGAACCUGCCACAAAGAAGGGCCAUGUUGCCAAUGCGAAGGUGGCACGUGAGCAGGUCGUGGACAGCUUCAUCAAGAAAUUUCGGCAAGAUCCGUAUUUCAUGUUCGAGGCACGGCCCGACCACUUGGACCCCUUCAAGGUCUUCCUCGCAGGACUCCUCGGGUACAAGUCUGCUGAUGGCACCCCAUCGGUGUCACUGCUUCAAUCAAGUGAAACCGAGAAGACGAUUUCAUAUUAUCGUGGUGACAUGUACACCAACUUCAAGCAUGCAGCCAUGGCAGAGAUCCGCAAGAAAGUUGUCCAGGAGUACCGGGGAUUGGUGGGCACCGAGGGUGCCAAAGCCAUCAUCCUGGACAAGACAUACCGGGACACGGAUGGCAAGCACAUGGCUGAUGCCCGCUUCCAAUCAUGCCUCAUUUCGUAUUACUGCAAGAUUAGACGUGUCAACAGCAGGGAUCUGCAUCUGUUUACGGACAUUAGCAAACUGGAGUUCACUCGUCACGAGUUGGCCCUUGUGGACAUGGAGGUGCAACGUGCCUUGCGUGGGGACGUAGCAGCUUCCAAAGGCUACCUUGGGGGCAGGUCUGCAGAGAUGCACCUGGCCUACAAGAGUGCACUCAGCAUUGUGCAGGCCUGGCGGCACUCUGACAUGGCUACGAACCUCAACAUUGUGGGCAACGAAUUCGUGCUAGGCAAGGCAUCCAAGCAUUGCUUGCAUAUGAGCGCCUACGACUUGAUCCUUGCCAUGUCAGACCAGUAG